UGAGUAGUUGAGAUUGUUGUAUUUGUUUGUUAAAACUCCAAUUUUUGUUCUUUAUUUUUAUUUCACUCCUGUCGGAUCUCGGAUAGUGGCUACAUAUAUUUGAAAAGCCUAUUCUGAAGAGUCCACUGUGUUUGUCUUCUUCUUCUUCUUCUUCUUCUCCUUUUUUUUUUUUUUUUUUUUUUUUUUUUUUUGAGAAGGUAACAUAUAGCUGUGUUUGUCACUUCUUUGUUUGGUUCUUUCUUAAUGAGGAGUAUCCAAUUUAAAUCUGAAGAGAGAUUUAGGGUUCCCUUUUCACUUUUAAAUAAUUAGAUGAAUAAAUAAAUAACAUUUACUUAGGUUGGAUUCGGAUUGCAAGGAGUAAUAUUAGUGGCGGAGCCAGGAUUUUCACUAAAGGGAUUCAAAAUAUAAAAGAGUUAACAUACGAAGAAGCCAAAGGGGUUCGACAUCUAUUAUAUAUACAUAAAAAAUAAUUCUAAUCAUAUAUAAACAGUAUUUUUUUCCGCCGAAGGGGUUCCCCUUGGCCUAUGUAGCUCCGGCCUUGAGUAAUAUAUAGGAGGGUUUUGUGAUGUUGACCUAAAAAGUGUUUUUCCUGGACAGUUGAAGAAUAUCAAGCUGUAAGUAGUCCGAUAAGUGUGUCUCUUUUAUGAAUAGAUUUUGAUAAACGAGAUCCCAAAUAAAAACGAUAUUUUAGGUGGUUUGUCAACCAAAUUGUUUGUGAUAUUUGUUACGUUCAACGAAUCCCUAUAGAUAACUAAAUCGUGGAGUUUAAAUGUUAAUUUAGGAGGUACCUGGUGACUAUUGGCUCGGACACCGUCAUUCUUAGAAAUGUUAUUUUAGGAAAGGUAUGUUGAGUUGCAAAUGCCAAAAGUCACGUGUGAGCAGAGCAUAAACAUGAAUGCAGUUUAGGUUGCCGAGUAUCUCGGCAAACAUCACAUUUGGAGCUCGAAUGUGAUUCUAAGCCUUGUAAAUUUUGUCUGGUUGGUGUUAAUUUCCUGAUGUGUAUCAUGUGCCAUGCUUGCUCUCAUUGCUCUGUAAAUUCAUGUACAACGUUUUAUUAUUUAAAUGCUGGUGAAAAUCUGAUAUCGCUUGUUUAUAGUCCAGCUAGUUCAUGUUGACUUUGCCACCAGCCUUGUGAUUUCUUUCUUGGAUGCUGAACUUAUCAUUGUGACAAUCUCUAUCUACACUCGCCGUAUUUAUCCCUUCCCUCUUUAUGUCUUUUUGGUUUAGAUUCUCGUUAUUAAUUAGCUAUUCGUAUUCGUAUUCAAUAAUCCGAUUGUACUCAUGUUAUUUCACACAUUUUUUAACAUGUCUUGAUUUGUCUGGUACGAUGUUGGCAUCUUAGUUCUUAGAGGACCCAUGAUUCCUAAGGUUAAAUAUGUAGUCUCUAAAUUGUUUUUCUUACCCCGCAGUUCUGUUUAUGGUUGUAGUUUGUUAUGAUGUUUUACUUGCUAGGCUAAGCAGCUAAUUUAUCUAUUUAGUACUUGUUUGAUGUAGUUUCUUAGUAAGGUCUGUUUGAGGAUACAAGACUCUGGUUCCUCAUUCAUAUGGUUCAAUAAUUAAUUUUUUGUUAUAAUUUUUCUGUUUGAUCUUGCUGCAGUUAAGGAUCAUGUUCCCGCUGAUCCAGAUGCUUAGUGUCACAAAGGAAGCCAUUAGUUACUAAUGCUACGGGUCCUCUCAAUGUGAAUGCCCCUUAUUGGUUUGAUUGUGAGAUUCAGUUCUUCACUGCCAUAUUUUCUUUUUCAUAACUGCUUUGGUUGCUGCACUUGAGCCGAGGGUCUUCCGGAAGCAGCCGCUCUACCUCACAGCGCAGGGGGUUUGAAGAGUUGAAGACAGUUCUUCUCCAUAAUUAACUUCACCCAAUAACCAGGUUAUCGAGUGUUGCUCCAGUUGCUGGUUGAAUCUGAGGGAGACAAUAAAGUUGGCUUAUUUGCGGCCUGCCAAAAUUGUAGGCAAAUGGAAUGUAAUAAAGAUGAAGCUGCUAGGGCCAAAGAAAUUGCUGAGCAGAAAUUAACUGAGAGGGACAUUGCUGGAGCUCAAAGAUUUGCUUUGAAGGCUCAAAAUCUGUUUCCAGGCCUUGAUGGUCUUUCUCAGUUCCUGGAGGUGGUCAAUGUUUAUGUUGCUUAUGAGAAGAAGGUUCAUGGUGAAGUGGAUUUUUACGGUUUCCUUUCUGUGGAUUCCUCAGCUGAUGAUGAAACAAUAAGUAAACGUUACAGAAAGCUUGCUCUAGCUCUUCACCCUGAUAAAAAUCAAUCUGUUGGGGCAGAUGGGGCGUUUAAGAUUACAUGUGAAGCAUGGAGUUUGUUGUCAGAUAGAAUCAAAAAAAUGAUGUAUGGCCAUCGGCGAGCUAUGGCCAUAAGGAGCAUGCCCAUGCAAGGCAGCCAGCAGGAAUUUCGUAAAUUUUCCAUGAACCCAGCUAGUGCGAGAAACUCAACUAAUGCUAAUUUUCAGCCCACCCGGUGCCUCCCCAGCCAUCAAAACCUGAGACAUUGUGGCAAUCUUGCAAACUAUGUCAGAUAAAGUAUGACUAAUUAAAGCUUUUCCGAAACAGAAGUCUUUCGUGCCCCAACUGUCACCGACCUAUUUGGGCAAGGGAGGUUUCUGCUCCCGUGAACAAUCAAGCUUCAGCUUUUCCGUUGUCUUCCCGCCAGCAGCAGGGUACAAACUAUCCUGCUGCUAAUGGAUCUUCUGCUUCAGGUGUGAAGCUCCCUACAGCUUCAAACUCCGUACAAACUGGAAAUUCUGGUUUGGCUCAAUAGUUGGAGCAAAUAUUCAGCAGGAUCAAGUUCUUAAGACGAGAGGUGCAAAUGCUGCGCAGCCCUAUGCCUCUACAGCUAGGCAAGCAGCACACUCUUGCCAGCCAGCUGGUGAGAAUUUGAAGAGAGCUCAUGCAGAAGCUGCUAUGAGUGCACUGAAUCAGGAGGCUUUUCUGAAGAAAAAGAGACGCAUAGCUGAGUUGAAGUUAAAGUCUCAAAGAAAAGGGAGUUGUCCGAUUCAGAAAUUCGCAAUAUGCUGGCGAAAAAGGCUAAGAUGGAGAUUACCAAGAAGCUUAAAGCAGCUGCUGCUUCUCGGACUUCAGACAAGGAGAAAAAGGACGUGGAAAAGAAGAAGCAAACUGCUCCUGAAGUUAUCAAAAAUGUUCUGAGAAGGGAUAGAACUGUUCAUGAUGCCUUGGUGGAAUAAACUAAAUGUAACGUGUGAAUGAACUUACCGCUUCUUUAAUUAAGAACCCUUACACAAAAAGUAGAACAUGUAUAUUUUCUGUUGUAAUUGUAAACUAAAUAUAUGACAAAUGUUUGUUACCCUC